AUGAAUAACAACUCUGAACAAUCGACGUCAUUCACAAAUUUAAAACAGUCGCUUCAACAAUGCUUAUCUCAUCAAUAUCAGCAAUAUCAAGAAUACAAUAGGCAAUUAUCUGAAUCCAAAUCCAAAAAAACUAGAAAAAGAAAAUCAGUGUUAGAGUUGCAAGGUGUAGCAGAUGAAUACCAUCAAUACCUACAAAAUCACGGCAUAGCAAAUGAUAAUAAAUCUAAAAAUAAACAUGCUGGAAAUACAGAUAUUAUCG